AUGGAAUCUACAGUAAGAAAAUGGUUUUCAAGAACGGCUACUGCAAGCCUAUCAGGUCGAGCUUUGCGACUAGCAAUUACUAUCACUGCAGUUACUGGUUUUUCGCUUUUUGGUUAUGAUCAAGGAUUAUUGUCCGGGUUAAUUAACGGUGACAAAUUUAACCAUGAGUUCCCCGCGACAUUAGAAAAGCACGAUAACGACACGCACGCGACGGUCGUACAGGGGGCAGUGACUUCUUGCUACGAAUUGGGCUGUUUCUUUGGAUCGUUGUUUGUUGUGAUGAAGGGUGAAAAAAUGGGCCGCAAGCCGCUGAUUAUCUGCGGUGCGUUGCUGACUAUUGUUGGGACAAUUAUUUCUACUUUAGCGUUCAGGGAACACUGGGGUUUGGGACAAUUUGUCGUAGGAAGAGUUAUUACAGGGCUGGGCACUGGUUUUAACACAUCCACAAUUCCUGUGUGGCAGUCGGAGAUGUCCAAGCCUGAAAACCGCGGUUUGCUGGUCAACCUAGAAGGCUCGGUCAUUGCAGUUGGUACCAUGAUUGCUUACUGGAUUGAUUUCGGGUUAUCAUAUGUUGACUCCAGUGCUCAGUGGAGGUUUCCUGUUGCUAUGCAAAUCGUAUUUGCUGUCUUUUUGUUAAUCGGGUGUACGCAAUUGCCUGAGUCACCCCGUUGGUUAAUGGCGCAUGGUCGCGGUGAAGAGGCCAGAUACAUUUUGAGUCAGCUCGACGGUGUCCCAAUUGACGACCCAACGGUCUUGGCAGAAGCUGCUGCUAUCGAGGAAGUUGUCGACAAGUUCAAGAACCAAAGAUGGUCUUUGAAAGACGCCUUUACAGGUGGCAGAGGUCAAAACUUGCAGCGUACACUUGUCGCAUGUUCUACUCAAUUUUUCCAGCAGUUCACUGGUUGUAACGCAGCUAUUUACUAUUCGACUGUGCUUUUCCACAAGACUAUCAAGCUUGAAUACAGAAUGUCCUUAAUUUUAGGGGGUGUAUUUGCUACUGUAUAUACGCUCUCAACUAUUCCAUCGCACUUUUUGAUUGAGACGGUUGGUAGAAGAAAGCUAUUCUUGGUUGGUGCCUUAGGUCAAGGUGUUGCAUUCACAAUCACAUUUGCCUGCUUGAUUCACGAUACUAAGCAAAAUGCUAAGGGUGCUGCUUUCGGUUUGUUCCUGUUCAUCGUCUUCUUUGGUAUGACAAUCUUAUCCUUGCCAUGGAUUUACCCACCAGAGAUUUCAUCAUUGAGGGUUCGUUCUCUCACCAAUUCGCUAUCGACUUGUACCAACUGGCUCAGUAACUUCGCUGUCGUUAUGUUUACUCCAAUCUUCAUUCAGAAGUCUAGUUGGGGAUGUUACAUGUUUUUUGCCAUUGUCAACUUCUCAUACCUUCCAAUCAUCUUCUUCUUCUACCCUGAAACUUCAGGCAGAUCUCUAGAGGAAAUCGACAUUAUCUACGCAAAGUCAAAUAAGGAUGGUAUCGCCAGUUGGAGAGUGGCUGCCCAUCUGCCUAAGUUAUCUUUGAAAGAAAUUGAGCAAUAUGCUAUUGAGUAUGACUUAUACGAUGGGCCUGUAUCAGAAGCCUCCACUGAGUCUGACAACGAGCGUAACCAGUCUGAGUUGGACCUAAAGCAAGAUUCCCCUCAAAAUCUGGCAGAUAAAUCAAAAGAUGGUUCUUUAUAA